GUAGUUAAAUUUAUGGUUCAAAGUCUAUCCAAGGUUGGCUGCCCUUUUACAGCAGAUCACUUUAAAUGCAUCCGCUGCGACAAGACAAGAUCGGGUGGAUUUGCUCCUGAUCACGGCGUUGUUCUUUGUCAAAACAACCUUAUGGAGCAAAGUCACACUGCCGAAACCAUGUCACACGAACUUAUCCACGCAUUCGACUUUUGCACAGUCAAAUUAAAUCUAGAUAAUCCUAAACACUAUGCAUGCACAGAAAUCAGAGCUGCAGCGUUGUCUGGUGAAUGCAGAAUGAUACGUGAACUCCAACGAGGGAAUUUUGGAAUUGCAAAACAUUUCCAGGAGUGUGUAAGACGAAGAGCUGUAAUGAGUUUAAAACAGGUUGAGACGCUAAAGGGCGGUGUGAGUGCUGAAGAGGCCGUUUUAAGUGUUUGGGAUAGCUGCUUUAACGACCACGCUCCGUUUGAUGAGGUUUACUAA